UUGGCUUUCAUCCCCUGCAAAUAAAUAAACAGAACAGGCUGCCUCCACCGUCCCCUCCAGCCCUGCAGUGACCACCCAUGAUAAGCCAAGUCAGACAGGCAGGUCUGGGGCUCUCCUGGGCAAGGCAAGGGCAUUCAAGGAGGAGACACUGCUCUUCUUGUGGCCUCUGCAUCCUCAAAGAUGUCAUGGCUAAAUCCAUGUGGUACGACUGCCAGCCAUGGUCCCCUGUUAGCAGCAGCAAACUCAUUCUCAUCUCAGCAAGUGUCCUUAAACAAGAACUAGGAAGCUGCAUAGGCUUAACUCGCUCCAGAAAGGGACAGUCACUUCAACCAAGGACAGACUUUGCUCAUUUGCCUCCAGAUGCUCCAUCCUGCUGCACAAGCCAGCCCGAGGCGCUGUGCGGAGCUGUGGAGGCGGCUGAGCAGCGCAGAGCAGCGGUGGAUCCCGGCUGCCAGCCGUGGUGGAGGAGUGUGAGGGUGGCUCCCUGCAUGGCCCCGGCCGGGAAAGCGUGCUGGCCCAUCCCUUUGCUGCUCCCACACACAUCCCCAGCCCCUCUCCUCACCUGCAAGAGAGGGGCAGUGCGCUGACACACAGCGUGGCUCAAAUCCGUGUCGAGCGUGGUGUAGGAGAAUUCCACCUCCCCUCUCCUUCUUCCAUCCUCUGGCACUCACUCACACCUCCACCCGCCCCACUGACCUCUCCUGCGUUUUUUGGUUGCCCUGUACCAAAGGCUCAGGCGGCUUUUUGGUUCCUGGAGGCCUGGGAAGGAUGGGGACCCUACUCUCCAUCAAACUGCGGCAUUUACUGAAGAGUGGUAGUCCUGAGCCAUUGAACAUGGAUAAGCCCAGAAGAAAGAUGUGGCACCAAAACAGACCAAGAAAUCACGCCUGCCUGACAUGAACCUGCUCUAAGCAGCCUCCCCUUCCUUUCUCCAUGUGUCCUGCUGUCUUCCAAGGAAUGAUUUUCCAUGAGGAUGUAGGGAUCUCUUCUGGGCAGAAUGAUCUGUUCUGUGAACUCUCAUUCUUUUUUCCCCAUUACAGGUAAUUUGUUGGACUGUUGGAUGCACUUCAUCACAGGUGUAAACUAGAUCAUUGCUCUAGCCUCAUCUUAAAACUUUUUACUUCUCUUGACUGUCCUUAAGAGCACUCAAAAACUCACAGGGCCUGCUUGGUGUUGGAUCUUCUGAGCUCUGCAGCUUCCCUUAAAAACAGAUCUUAGGUCUAUUGAAUUACAACGGCAUGAAGGUCUUUGAGACAAAAGAUGGAGUGGAAAAUGUGAUAGCUGUUCUGCAAUUAAAAAAACAAAAAAUAAAUAGCAGAUUCUGUUCUUUCUGUAUCGGGGGCUUAGUGUGUAGGAAUUUACAAACUCAGUUAAAAAUAAACCAACCCCAAACUGAUUAACAUGAAAAGUCAAUUAAAA